GAGUUUCUCGACAACAUGCAGGCCGACGACGACUACCUCAAGACUCGCCUCAGUCUGCAACUGCUGCUGCAGAACAAAUCGUCGUUCCUGCACGGCCGCCGGCCAGCCGGCGAGGUGCCGAUCUACGCCCUGGUAAAGAACUGCCUGCAGGGCAGCCGCCACCGGGACGAGCACUUCUACUUCAAGAACACGCAGGACGAUCACGUGCACGACGACCCGACUAAGAAGACGACGACGACAACAUCGAAUUUUGCCGGACUUUCGAACGAGCUGCUGCCGUUAUUGCCUGCAGUGUCGCCGUCGUCGAUCGAGACCAAUAACGUCCUAGCCGGCAGCCAGGAGCUCUUGGACGGCAACUCUUUGUCACCCGGUCGACGUCUCGUGCGUAGUCGUCCCGUCUUCACCCCGUCCGCGCCACCCUCGGACCUGCCCGUCGUCAAACCCAUCAGUAGCAGCAGCAGCAACAAUCCAGGCCUCGCCAGGCCCUACGACCUGAAACGUCGAAAAUUGAAGAAAAAACAUCAGGACAAGCUGCACUUCCACGUGACCUACUGGAUGUUCUAUCCGUUCAGCGAGGGCAAAGCCGUGUGCGUGCUCGAUCUCGGCUUCCUCGGCAGCUGGCCCAUACCCAGCCUCGGUGGCGUCUGUCUCGGCAAGCAGCGCGAGUACGGCAGCCACGUGGGCGAUUGGGAGCACGUCAGCCUCUAUUUUAAGGGCAAGGAUCACCCUCUGGCCAUGUACGUCUCGGCCCACGACGCAGGCGCCUUCUAUCGCUACGAGCCGCGCGCCAACACGUUCCUCUUCGAGUCCCAGGAGACGCGCAAGGGCAUCUUCCAGAAGCCCAACUUCCCGGAGCGCGUCUACACGGCGGAGGGCUCGCACCCGGUGCUGUUCAGCGCUCGCGGCUCGCACGGCCUCUGGACCGCCCCGGGCAAGCACAAGUUCGUCCGACUGCCGAGGCUGUACGACGAGAGCGGCUUCGGCACCGCCUGGCCGACCUGGCACAAGCUCGAGCUGCUGUCGGUCAAGGAUCUGAUGCCCGGCUGGAUGAGCUUCACCGGCAAGUGGGGCAAUCCCAAGAGCAACUGUCAUCCGUUGGCCAGGCUCGGCUUCAACAUAUGCGAGUUCGUCGACGGACCCACCGGCAUACCCAUGAAGAAGAAUAACUUCAGAUGCUGA